GCCCCGUCCCCAUCCUCUCUUCCUCGCGUGGCUGGCGGCACGGUGGACUCAUAGCACACUCAUUCAAGCACACCUUGCAAACUGUGUCGUCCCACCUGCGGUUGAAUAGAACAAUCCGUCGACCACGUCGAAUCAGGGGCGCGUGUACGCAAUGCCUGAGUCAAGAAUUAUUCCGCGCCUUCCACUAUUGAUUCUUCGUCUGUCUGCAUACGACCAAAAAACGGACAACGGGCGCAACAGGUGCAACAAGGGUCCGCGUAACACUCGUCGCUCCGACCAGGGAACCACCAAUCAAUGAAAGUCGGAAUCAUGAUCAAGAGCACGAGUGUCGCAGCUGCAGCGGGGAUGGCUGCCACCCCUCCAGAACCAACGCUCACCCCAAUACCAAGGUACGUAACGCCAGCAUUCAUGAUUCCUUUCAUGGCCUGGUUGCCAUCUCGCCGCAAGUACGCACUGCCCAGAAUUAUGAAAAGCAGCACGGAGGCGAAGAAAUUGCCGACGAAGCCAGCCAGAGCACCACAUACCGCAUUUUCACUGCUGCCCACUCCCUUCGCCUUCUGCCUCCUCUUGUCACACCAGUGCCACGGGCAAACGAUGGUCUGGUCGUACAGCUUCCCGCUGAAUCUGCAGCGCGGCUUGGAGCAGAAGCAGAAGAGAAAACCACAACAGCCCGCAUCCUCAUCACAGCACGGCAUCACCGUAUAACACUUGCAGCCGCACGGAUCACAGCACGCCAUGCCGGCGAUGGGGGGGGGCCGCCUCGCUCCCCGCGAAAAGUCUGCACCGGUGCGCCGCGGCGCUCGGGUCUCGGCGACGACCGCUUCGAGGACCCCUGGCCAGAACGGCUCGCGCAGCCUGAGCCAGCGGCACU